ACGCGUGUGCCACCGUGGAUUGCGGGUCAGUCGCCUUCUGCUCUGCGGCCGAUGAUGGCAGCACGGAGUGCCUGUGCGACGGGGGUUAUGUCUUCAACGUAACAGACAAGACAUGCAAUGAUCCGUGCGCGGAUGUGGCGGUGCAGUGUCCAGCGAGGGCGGAGUGCGUGGCGAGGAGGGGCAAGGCGGAGUGCGAGUGCGAGAUGGGGUACAUCCUGCAGAACAACACCUGCACUGAUGGGCUGCUGCAGACGCAGGUGGAGGUGGAGGGGCUCACCUACCUCGCGCUCCUCACCUUCCACAGCCCCGUGCCCAUGGCGCACGCCACUGGCGCCAUGGCGUGCAGCCACGUGGGUGAUCUGGGCGGGGGCAGCAGCACGCGGAUCAGCGUGGAGUGGAAGUCGGUUGGCGUGGACACUGUGGGCACCGGCAUGUGCAAGAGCCUCUCGUUUCACUCCGACCCCGGCUGUGCGGACAAGGCAGGAUUGACCAUCGCGCGCCCUGCCAUGGUCGGCGGUGCCUUCCCCGUCACAAAAAGGACUGUGAAAGCAACCCCACCGCAGUCAAUCAGCUGUGAAAUCGCCACGUGUCACAAGGACUGCGGCUCUGCACAGUGCGUGGUGAGGGACGGCGUGUCUGAGUGCAAGUGCCCCUGGAGCCAGGUGUUCGACGAGGCGCACAAGCGCUGCACCAGCAAGUCGCCCGGCCCCACCCCUGACCCAAACCCUAGCGGAGGCGCGGACCCGUGUGAGGCAGUGAAGUGUGCGAGGAACUCGCAGUGCGUGGUGAGGAACGGGCAGCCCGUGUGCGAGUGUGAUGCUGGCUACACCAAGGCCAACAAGGGCCUCUGCACUGGUGAGAUCUACAAGGGUUCUGUUAUUUUUUCUGAUUGUCUCCGCACGAGCUCCAGAGGCAGCCCCACACCUAGAGGCAGCCCCACACCUAGAGGCAGCCCCACACCUAGAGGCAGCCCCACACCUAGAGGCAGCACAUGA